GGAAUCUGAACUACGAAUCCCAGCAUGCAUUAUUGAGCGCUUGACUUGCUUCUGAACAAAGAUCUCAAGUCUAUUACUCCUUCCUGCCUGGAUCUAGAGGAGACGCCAAGUACUCAUUCCUCUAAAAUUAAACCACAGGUUUCCUCAUGGGUCGACUUGAUGGGAAAGUCAUCAUCCUUACAGCUGCCGCUCAGGGGAUCGGCCGGGCAGCUGCUGUGGCUUUUGCAAAUGAAGGUGCCAAAGUCAUAGCCACGGACAUCAAUGAGUCCAAACUUCAGGAACUGGAAAACUACCCAGGUAUCCAAACUCGUGUCCUUGACGUCACAAAGAAGAAACAAAUCGAUCAGUUCGCCAGUGAGGUUGAAAGAAUUGAUGUUCUCUUUAAUGUUGCUGGUUUUGUUCAUCAUGGAACCAUCCUGGACUGUGAGGAAAAAGACUGGGAUUUUUCCAUGAAUCUCAACGUCCGCAGCAUGUACCUGAUGAUCAAGGCAUUCCUUCCUAAAAUGCUUGCUCAGAAAUCUGGCAACAUUAUCAACAUGUCCUCUGUGGCCUCCAGCAUCAAAGGAGUGGUGAACAGGUGUGUGUACAGCACCACCAAGGCAGCCGUGAUUGGCCUUACAAAGUCCGUCGCUGCAGACUUCAUCCAGCAGGGUAUCAGAUGCAACUGUGUGUGCCCAGGAACCGUUGAUACCCCAUCUCUGCAAGAAAGAAUACAAGCCAGAGAAAAUCCUGAAGAGGCACUGAAUGACUUCCUGAAGAGACAAAAGACAGGAAGAUUUGCAACUGCGGAAGAAGUAGCCCUGCUCUGUGUGUAUCUGGCUUCUGAUGAAUCAGCCUAUGUGACAGGCAAUCCUGUCAUCAUUGAUGGAGGAUGGAGCCUGUGACUGCAGGAUCUCCUUGUGGGGAAGGCAGGACCUUCUUGCCCAUGGUGAACCUGGUUGUGAAGAAAACUCAGUGAUCAUCUCUCUCCUAGAAAUGACAUUAAUGAAAAUGAGCCUUGUAAAAAUCAUUGUUCCCAAGAAUCUAGUUCUUUAAUUAAUUUCUUUCCUAAUCUCUUCUGAAAUCAUUGUAAGUCAAAUAAAAAAUAUUGAACUCAUUAUCAAAAUAAUUUUUAAAAUAGACUUCAAUUUGUAAGCAUC